CAGUCAGCCUCGACCUCCCGCUAAGCCAGCUUCUUUCCAAAUCGGUUAUCGGAUAUGUCAAAAAAAGUUUACAAAAUUAUAUCCAAAGUCGAAGACAUUUGCGAUAAAAAUUGAAGGUUGUAACAUACUCGGUAUGGCGAUCAAACGCUACGAAAAAUUUGACACGUUUAAUUUUUGCAAAUUAUUUUUAAAAUGAACUGCAUUUCAUGCCAAGCAACGAACAGGGGUACAUCUAUUUAACAAUCAACGCAUAUCAGGAGACGAAAUCAUAUGGCUUCAUGUCGAUAACGUGUUCAAGGGAUAUUGCGGAUGUAUAUGGUGAAGUUAAACAAUACAGCACGGAAAAAUGUUUCCCUGAGUUAUAAGCGAAGAAACUACUCGGAAGAACAAUCAUACCAUCAAUUAGGAAAGAUUGAUUUACAAAAUAUGACACGACGGACGGGCACACAUUAAUGUAAAUUAUGCGCCAUGCACAAAUACUAUGUAGCACCAGUAAUGUUGGAAACGCCAAUUCGACCCAUCAAUUUGGAUUUAAACUGUUCAGAAAAUCUCUAGCAUUUAUGACAAAUAUCAUCUAUUCAAUCGCAAUAUAAAUAUUUAAAAUAAAAAUCUUAAAAUAAAAAAAAAAAGAAACCACCCAAAGGUAAAACCAUGUCACGGAAGUACGACCGCGUAAUCCCAAUGGUUUAAACUGUCAAUUUCAACUGUAUUCGACAUUUUUUGAAGAAUUACUUUAAAUCAUCAGAACCAAAAGAUAUUACCAAAAGAUCAACACAUCACAGAUAAUUUUAACCAUAAAAUAAAAAAUAGAAAGGAUUUCCUGAUGAUGCGCUAAAACAUAGCCCCAAACGUCGAAGAAAAAUGUGAAAUAAAAUAACCUGUUUUUGAAAAACACCACGUGUCUCUUAGAAAAUUCCUCACCUUAAAAUACUUUUUAAAAAGGAAAAGGCCUCUCAAAGUUGUGAUUUACGUAGGGGGAGGGAGACCCCUGCUGACAGUAAAACGUCGUACCUUCACAGUUCGCUUCUCUAGCUAUGGUCCUUUGGGCAACAUUGCUAGUCAUACAAGGAGCCACAAUUGCUGGGUCGAUGCCUGCUGUUGGAAUCCCUCAAAAUAUAACAUUGAUGUAUAUAAAUUCAUCGAUGGUCCAAAUAUCAUGGAGUGUGGGAAAGCAGAAAGUGGAAAAGUAUGACGUCGUACUUAAGCCAACGGAGGCAAGGUAUUCGUGGCAGAUGAAACCUUCGUACAGUUACAGAGUAGUGAAGCCAGUGGCAGGUUCUUCGAAUUCAGUUGUCGUGCGAGAUCUGAAAGAAAACACCCAAUAUCAACUGACGAUAACGGCAGUAGUAAACGGUGUCAAAUUCAGAAGUCGGCCAAUUUUGUUCAGUACCCAAAUGGGACCAAAUCCCGUUACUGAAGUUCAUAUCACAGGUGGGCCUCCACCUGCGAAUAAAGCUAUAAAACCACCUCCACCUUAUCCUGGCCAGCCAAAUUUCAAUCAGACUAUGGGAGAAGUGAGAGGCAUUGAAAUUGGAAUAGUGUGCCUUGUGCUUUUGGCAUGGGUAGGCGCAAUAAUUCUGUUCUUCAACCGGUGGGGGAAAAUAAGAAUGCUUCUGCCAUAUCAGCCUGAUUACAAGGACACCCAGCUCAAAGUACCAGGGAGCUGUCAGCAUCAAGGAACAUCCUGCCAAGCAACAGGUUCUACCGGCUUCUGCUGUUCACAGCGACAGCUGGCUCGAGUGCCAGACGAUUGGCUUGGAAGCUCAAGAAGACUCCUUGCCACAAGAUCCCGAACAAACUCAGCCGUCUACAUUGAACCAGCAGGAUUGAGAAGCGAACAGACAGAACCGCUCUUUUCAUCGGCUCAUCAACUGACGGCCAGCAAGUCAAAGAGCGCUGAUCAUUUGCCUGCAUCGCUACCAAUCGCUAACCUCAAGUGUUUCGGCAGGGAUCCAAGAAUAUAAACGUUAAAUUGAAAUUUUAUAUGUUUUAUCUUACUUCCCAAGUGUUCUCUCCCCUCGAUUUCAGAAUUGUAUAUAAUUUUCUCUUUGUACAAAUGAACGACACAGCUGGUGAGAUUUUAGGGGGAACAACGAAUGUGAAACCUGACAAAAAGAAUAUUUUAAAAAUUUAAGAAAAAUACAGUCAAUUUCUUAUAAAGCAAAACGUGGAAUUAUUAUAAAUAAAGGAGAAAAUUGUUUAGUUUAGUGACCAAAGUGGUAGCACGUUUUUUAAUUCACUUUUAGCGUAUUGUUACUCAAAUUAUCAAAUCGAAUAUACAACUAAGACUAGAAAACAAAAUAGUAGAAAAAAUAAAGUUUCUAUGAAAAUUAUCUUUAAACAAUUUUAAAAAAUUACUGUUUACAAACUUUCAAAAUAGUACACGGGUAGUUCAUCAGUCAUUAAUGUGUCAGUUCCAAGAACUUAAAAAGUUUUCAUUUUCAUAUUGCUUUUCAAGAAAAUUACAUAUAUUGUGAAAAGAAAUUUUAAAAAACUUCCCUAUUUCUUUAAUCAUAAAGCUAGUAUACUGUUAAUACUUGAAUAUCAAGGUUGUUAUGUAAAUUAAACUCUAAUUACUCUAUUUUAAAUAAUUGUGCCUAAUUUAUGUGAAUAUUAAUGGUAACUGCUGUCUGUAAAAAAUGUGUGAUUUAACUAGCUAUUUUAUUACUUUAUAUUUUAAGAAAUAAUCAAUAUUAACAACACAUCCCUAGCAAUACGUAUGACAAUUUUUUGUGUUUCCAACUUGAGAUCAUGUGAUAGGUAAUGGUAAUCUCUGGAAUUAAUACUCACUCUUUUUUCUACUUAAUAAAGACCAAAACAGACUAAGGGAUUAAUCUGAAAAAGUUAGUUAGGACCAUUAAUGGACUAGCAGGGUAGUCAUUUUUCACUUAUUCAAAAAUACUACUAAAGGAUAUUUUAAAGACCAAUUCAUAUUGAUCUUCAUAUUGAUAGUUGUAUUUCUACUCAAUCCUCUGAUUUGAAUGAAAAAAAAUUAAUACUUACAAACAAUUUAUGUAAUUUUAUACAAUGGAAAUAAUAACCAAACAUUUUCUAAUCUAUGCGCGCUCUUCUUCCUAAAAUGCAGCACAAAAGAAAUCUUGAAAAGGGGAGGGAUUAAUGAUAUUUUCGUCAUGUUAAAUACUCAAUUGAUAAAAUUGAAUUGAUCAAAAAUGAAAAACUAGGUAAUUGUACAGAUUUGCAUUUUAAAUUCAACGUUUACAUGUUAAAAAAAGGCUUCCAAACUACUAUAAAUAAAUAAAAAAUUAAUGCGAUUUUCCCUGAUUUGUCUUUAUACUAUAAUAAUAUUUUAUAUAUCUUAGGAUGGAAUUGUGUGAUAGUCUUACUUUUUUUCACAAACACAAAUUAUAAUUUGUUCUUCUUACAGAUUCAUAACUUAUGUGGUAAAUAUUUACAAUUACUUUAAAUUCACUUAACUUGUCAGUGAAAUACACUACUGUAGAAUUUACACCCAAGGUGCUAUCUCCACUGUGUGGGACCAAUACUGUGAACUCUCAGUAUUUUAAAUAUUUGCGUUUGCAUAUUUGCAUACUUAUGGAUGGUGAAAUCAAAGUAGAAUGUUAAUAAAAAUGCAGGAAGACAAUACUAUUUUUAUUAGCCUUAAAUAUUAUUGUAAAAAAACUUUCCUUUUUAAAUAUAUAUAUUCCAUUGUAGUUUAAUGAAGUGUGAAGGGGAAUCAAUUUAAAGGGGUAAAGUCACCUCCAUAAAAUUGAUUUCAAGUUUUAAAAAGUCCACAUUAUAAAUGUACAUGCGUUAUUCUACAUAUCUAAUGUUUGUUAAGAAAUCAUUAACAAAACAAAGCUUUAACUAUAAUAUUAAUGAAGAUUUAUGAGAGUCAAUUUCUAUGCCUUAGUCGAAUCCCUCCCCGAUACUAGAUUCUUUCAGUGAAAUUGAUCAGUGAAUGCCCACCCAACCCUUUAAGCGUAUUGAAAGUCUGAGAAAGGAGUAAAAAAAACGUUGUCGAGAAGAGUGACCACUUCCUUGUAAAUUUUAGCUUUGCACUUUACACUAUCUUUUUUAAAAGUGCCUAUUAAAUGUAAAACUUUAUUUAAAAACUAAUAAUAAUACAACUAUUUGAUAUAAUAUACUACUAGUUUCCAUCUGUUAAUGCUAUUUUUCAAAAAUACUGAUAAAACUAACUAGGCAUUAGGACAGUUUUUGCACCAACUGUAUUUUAACUUUUUUUUUUAAUACGCAGCCACUGUAAAUCAUUUCAUGGACAUUAUGAUAAAGUGGUGGCCAUUUACAUUACUUCAAUUUAAUCUGUAAUGAAAAUGGAUACACAACGUUUUUCAGUUUUAAUUCUUAAAAAAAAUACUAUCACUCUAUAAAAUGUAGUGAAAUGUAACUAAUAACUUGUGGUAACAAUAUAUCAAUUAAAUAUAAACUUUGUAAACUAAAAAUAAAUGCAAAUAUCAAAACGAA